GUAAAUAAGUAAAACCGAAUUGUCUCAAAAUUAUUUUGUAAGCAGUAGUCCCCGCCAAAGACCUAUCUAAGGUUGUUCCGAAAACGGCCUGAAAAUUGAAAAAGCUUGAAUUUUUAUGCAUUCAGAUUUCAUCUAGGGACAGAGUAUACGGCCCAAUUUUAUCAUUUGAAAUGUUGCAUAGACGAGUUCAGAACAUCAGACACCUAUUUGGGAUAAUCUCACGAAAUUAUGUUGCAAAUUUGAGUGGCACAAGUAAGCAUUCUUGUGGUUGGUACUCAACUGGGUUUGUGCCAACUGAGCUUCCACGGAAGCUUAAGAAGUUUGAGAGGAAGCCAUUGGUAAGGAGUUUUAAUGAACUCAAACGUGAGGCUAGAUUGAGGAAGAGAGAAAGGCAGAAGGCCCAUGAAGUUACUUUGCAGCCUCCUGAAAAUGGAUUGGUGAUCAAAGAAUUGAUUCCAGUUGCUCAGAAAGUGUAUGCUGCAAGGUCCAUACUGUUUUCUUGUGUUUCAAAGGUUGUCAAGAGCAUUGCUAUAUAUUCAUGCAGCUUGUGCGGAGAAGUUCAUGUUGGUCAUCCACCACAUAAAAUUAGAACAUGUGAUGUCACCGGUAGCCCUGCAAGCAAAGAGCACGGUUGGAAAAGAGGAGGUAUGGAAAGUGUAUUGCCUCUUGUAGAAUCAUUUCAUCUCUAUGAUCGAAUAGGAAGAGCUGUUUCCCAUAAUGAGCAACUUCUAGUGGAUCGAAUUCCUGCAAUUGUGGAAUUGUGUGUUCAAGCUGGGGUGAAUAUACCUGAGUACCCUACAAGGAGAAGAACCUUUCCUGUGUACAGUGUUGCAGGUAGGAUUAUUGACUUCGAGAGGAGGUUUCCUAAAGGUGAUUUUCCAGGCAAAGAUGUUAACACAUAUGGGUUCUGGGAAAAUAUUUCCAGCAAAGACAAAAUGUCUUUGGACUUGCUUUCUGAAGAUAUUCAUGCUGUCGCUGUUCGAGGCAUGGAGGCUUGGGAGAUUUUGCGUUCCGGAGCAUUAAGACUUAUGGAGAAGUAUGUUGUCCAAACUUGUGGAUAUUGUUCAGAGGUUCAGGUUGGACCUAAAGGCCAUAAAGUGAGAAAUUGUCAAGCUUACAAACACCAGAUGAGGGAUGGGCAGCAUGCAUGGCAGGAGGCAACAGUUGAUGACAUACUUCCUCCAGUGUAUGUGUGGCAUGUUCUAGACCCAAGAGGAGAUAAACCGCUAGAACAUAGUUUGAAGAGAUAUUAUGGUAGGUUACCUGCAGUGGUGGAAACAUUUGCACAAGCUGGUGCACAUGUAAGUGAGAAUUAUGCUAGUUUGAUCAGGGAAGAUAUUGCAGUUCCUGAAGUAGAUGAAGAAAAAUGGGUUGUGUAAGGAUUUCGACUCUAAGCAAGUGCAUUUGUAGAAAUGGGUUGGAAAGAUAUGGGAACCGUCCAACUUUGAUUUCACCUUUGCAGGCUUAAUCAAUAUGGUGUUAUUCAUUUUGAUUGGAAUAUUGUGAAUGAAUUUGAUGACUUACAUAAAUGAUGGAGAUUUUCCUGCUUCUUGAGCCGGUGAAGCAUAGGAUGCAAAUUGUAACAUGCCAUUUUGACAGCUCUGCAUGUGGUUUGCUUUGAGGUUGGGGGUUGAUUUUUUUAUCUGGUACAGUCGAGCUUUCCAUAAUCUCCUCAUGAAAGUGUGUAAACUUUUGCCUCUAUCAUGGAGUUCAAUGGUUUUACAAUUCUUACGUGGCGAUUAUAGCUAUUUAUGUGCACCGAUUGGUGCAUUGGCACAAAUCCAAUCUUUUGGGAAUUGGGAAAGCAAAAGCUCUAUAAUUUGUUUCUUUUUAUAACUUUGGAACUACUUCUUUGCUAUGUAUAUUAUAUAAAGUUUUAUAUAUAAAACUAUUUAUUUUAGA